GGUACAAGUAAAACCAGAGUCCAUAUAAAUAGAACCAGUAUUUGCGCUGAAUCUUUUACAUUAUAGUUUUACUAUUUAAAAAAAUGACCGAUUUUCUAAAAUAUUCUCCGUUAUUAAUUUCUACGACGAUAAAACAUUAUCUUAAUGGACCACCUAGACCUUCAUGGAAUUUAAAAUGUCACAUAUUUUGGGCAAAGUAUAUAUCAUUACUCAAAAGUUCCGAAACAAUUGAACAAAAGCAAAGAGCUAGUUUUAGUUUUCGUCCUGCUCCUGUACAAGAUGGCGUGAUGAUAAAUGAAUUUAAGAUAGAUAAUAAAUAUAGAAACGAAGCUCAAGUUCAUCUUAAUAUAAUAUUGAAACCAUUUGAACAUGUCUUAGAUCCUGAAUGGAAAAAUUUGAAAGAUGAUGGAAUUAUUUCUGAAUGGGUUCAAUUCCCUAAUGACGAAUGGGAAAAAAAAGAAAUUAAGAAAACUAUUUUGUAUUUACACGGUGGUGCUUAUUACUCUUUCUGUAAAGAAAAUCAUCGUUGUAUUACAAGCUCUCUUGCUAAAAUUGCAAAUGCAAGAGUUUUAGUAAUUAAUUAUCGGCUUGCACCUCAAAAUCAAUUUCCUGCCGCAUUACAAGAUGCAUUGGCUGCUUAUUUAUAUCUCUUAAAUCCUCCCAAAGAUGCGGGAUUUGAACCUUUAAAUCCAAAAAAUAUUGUAAUUUGUGGUGAUAGUGCUGGAGGUGGCUUAAGUUUAGCUCUCGGUCUUGCUAUACGUGAUGUUUGCGAUGCUGGUUUGCCAUCGUGUGCUGGCAUUAUCGGUUUGAGCCCAUGGGUUGAUCUUACAAUUAGCACAGCUUCAAUAUUAGAUGACGAAUGUGCUGAUUAUAUUCGAAAUAUGAAAAGAGGUACUGCUAAUUACGCAGAAUCUCAAGCUAGUAAAGAAUAUAAAGAAAAGGAUGUUGCUCUCGCAGCAAAGAUUAAGAACGGUCCCAAAAUUUGGCAUGAUUCUUUUGAAAGACCUGAUGGCAGAUUACAUUUAUAUGUAAUUAAUGAAGGUCUAGCAAUUCCAUAUGUCAGUCCUAUGCUAGCUGAAAGCUUAGGCGAUUUACCUCCUUUAUUAUUGACUGCAGGAGGAGAUGAUAGAUUUCGAGAUGAAGCAAUUUAUCUUGCUCAUAGAUCUUCUGAACCAACUAAAUAUAAAGGUCCAUCAUAUAAUGCUGGUAAAUUUGAAAAAUCUCCAUUCAAAACUCCGACAAAUACUACACUCGAAAUAUAUGAAGAAAUGCCUCACGUAUUCCAAUUUAUGGAACAUGCUUUCACUACAAAGUCGUAUGAACGUAUAGCUGAAUUUAUAAAUAGAGUGAUAAAUACUCUUAACGAACCACUUCCUCCUUCCACUUAUAAUUACAUAAAUGUUAAGGGAGAAUUAAGUCCUUUAAAAGAACUUCAUAAAAAUGUUCUUAAUUGGGAAAAAAUCGGUAUAGUACCAACUAUACCACAUGAAAUGAAUUAAAAUUUAAUUCUAAUUCACGUAGAUAUGGUAAGUAAAGAAUGAAUAAAUUUAAAUUUAGGAAUUAAUUUACUUAAAACAAAACUACUUUUUAGUACAUCGUAUACUGUAUAUUAUUUCACUUAUUUUCUUUAUUGAUUCAUUUAUUUGUUUGUUUGUUGAUUGGUUUAUUUAUUUAUUUUCACUUAUAUAAGCUAAAAUAAAAAAUAGUUGUAAUCAUCUAUAAAUAAAUGCAUUAAAAAUAUUUAACAUAUCAUAUAUCUUAGAGAGGAAACGAUCAUGUAAUUAAGACAUAAGUUGUAUCAAACUUAAGAAUAUCCGAAUAU